UCUUCUUAGAAAGUUUAAAUUAACAAUACAGCAAGAUCAACCCAGGAUUGAACAAUUUAAGGAAAAUGAACAAAAACACACAAACAAGCUGAUUUCUUCCGAAGUUAAAAAUCUCCAAAAACUUAAUUUUGAACAAGAGAUAUGUGGAUGAAAUAAGAGUGGGGAACAAAAUGCAGCAGCCAUCAACUCACCACCUGUGCAUUUUAUUUCUUUCAGCUGUCGCUUGGACUUUGUUAUGUAUUUGCACUGGGGCCACCGAAAUAGCUCCAGAAUGCUUUCCAGAAGGACAUCGUAUUCUCCAUCAUGCCUAUCGCAGCAUCCAUUUUGAUUCUCUGGAAUUGCAAGAAAAAGCCAUUCAGGACAUGAUUUGUGAUCAUUCGCUUCCACAAGGGUGGUACCGCUUCAUGAUUGAAAAUAAGCCUGCAGAAAUGCCAACUAAGUGUAUAGAAAUGAACAAAUGUGGAACCCAAGCCCCAAUCUGGCUAUCCCUUCAAUCAGAUUCUCUCCCACGUCCUGGAGAGCGAAAGGCACUGACUGCCUGUGGAACCUGGCAAUUCUUUUCUGGAAGCACCAAAGACUGUUGCCUCUUUCAAAUCCCCAUCUCAGUUAGACACUGUGGGGAGUUCCUUGUUUAUCUCCUGCAACCUACUCAAGGGUGCAUGGGCUAUUGUGCAGAAGAAUUACAGCUCAACUCUUUUGAUCCCAAAAGAACUGAAUCAGAAGACAUCAUUCAAGGAAAAUUCCAGAUUCCAGCUUUACACCCAGUAGUUACUCCUGAGCUUUUGGGGUCCCAGGCCUACCUAAAAUGCACUUUCAGCAGUCCAACUUCAAAUUGGGCUAUGGGCUAUACGGUGAUCUGGUCACGACUGUCUACGUCCAACGUGAAAGAACAGCUUCAUCAUGACACAACUGUGCAGACCUUCUCCUAUGUGGAGAUGGAUGGAAUUAAUUUCAGAUUGGGAGAUACGGUCUUUUGCACUGUCACAGCUUUUAGGUGGGACUCACCUGAUCACCACUCUCUGCCCAAGGAAAGCGAUGGAUUCUAUGCUGGAAUCAAGUUUGUACCAGAAUCAUUACAAAUUGCAGAAGAUGGAAAGGAACAUAUUUUGACAAUCUUAAGUACCAUUCCUAUUACAUGUUUGGCCCAGGAUGACAUCUGUAAAAUUACUUUACACUUAAGCACUCAGAUUUCUGAUAACUUGUUAGAAAGGACACCGAACAUAGCCCUUUCAACAUGCCAUGUGGAUCUGGAACAAAGGCCCUGCAGAGAAAACAGCUGUGCAAGAGCAACAUUUGCUGUAAGAGCUGUGAAUGACUUUGUAGAAAAUGGAAACUUUAUCAGUUAUAUCACAGCCAAGCCGGUUCAGCCAAGUAAAUCUCUGUGGCAUGAUUAUAAGCCCAUGGAUGUCAAGGUCACAGUUCAAGACCUCCCUACAAGUUACUGUUACUCUUUCACAGAUCCACACAUAAUCACAUUUGAUGGAUGGCAUUACAAUAACUACAUGGUUGGAACUUUUGUCUUGUACAAGAGCCUUAGCCGUCUCUUUGAGGUGCAUGUACGUCAGUGGGACUGUGCCAGUCACCAUAUCGCCAUCGCCUGCAACUGUGGUGUUGUUGCACUGGAAGAUAAUGAUAUUGUUGUUGUUGACAUGUGCAACAGGCAAUUUCUGGAAACCAAGUCUCAGAUCUUGUUCCAUUCAGGAGCUUUUGUUCGAGCUGAUCUUAAUGACUGGGGAAUGAGUUUGACAGUAAGGGCACCGAGUAGUGACUUUAACAGAACCAGAGGUUUAUGUGGUACUUUUGAUAGAAAUAGUCAGAAUGACUUCCACAAGGCCGAUGGGGGCGCCUUACUUUCUCACCAGAAUACCACAAUGGAGGAGAAUUUUAUAGAAGCUUGGAGGUUAGCUCCAGGGAUGAGCUUGUUUGACCACAUUCCGUCCUCCUCAAAAUGGCAGAAGACAGAACGUUUCUGUUUAUGUCAGAAGAAGCCUGAACAAUACUUGCAACCUUUAAAUUCUCUGCAUGCUUUUUGGAAUCCUGCCCCACAUUCUUUGGAUUGCUAUGAUGAGAAAAUUUAUUACACUUCCAUAAUUCCAUAUCUAGAUGUCACAUCAGAUUAUGUCAUUCACCUUGAAACAGAUCCUUUAUUAAAUGAUGAGCAAAGUGCUGCUAGUAUCUCUAAUCAUUGGGAAGAUCUCCAAAGAGGAAAAAGGCAAGGGUCUUUGGAAUACUCACCUAUUUCCUCUUUUCAAGGUCCAACUGACUUGGAAAGUUUUUCAUAUUUUUUCCCAGAAGAUUAUUUUGAAGGGAAGUGGCCUAAAGUUCAGGCUACAUGGCCAACUCCAAGUGGCCUGACCUCAGCUGAAGUCUUAACACAUUGCAAGACAUUGCUGGAAAAUUCUGCCAUAGGCUUAGCUUGCAAAGGGUUUCUUGGCAUUCAACUUGACGUGGCCAUUGAAAUGUGUCUUUCAGAUGUGCAGAUUAAAGAUGAUCUCAACUGGGCGGAAUUACUUAUUCCAUUUUUGGAAAAUGUCUGUGAAAAAAAGGUCCUUUUAGAAAACGUAACUGAAUUUUUUCAUUCACCAUAUGAGAUACCUGCUAUACAUCACAAAAUUAUUACAGCACUGAGAUGUCCCAAUCUCUGUAAUGGCCAUGGACAUUGCACUAUAAGGGGCUGUCAAUGUUUUGAAGGCUAUAGCUCCUAUGACUGUAGAAUUGCCAAAGAGCAUUCUGUGGAGAUUACCAGUCUACUCAAUAGAGGCUUCUGUGAUGUUAGAUUUUCCAACUGCAGCAACAUUCAAGUGUAUGGAGUUGGCUUUAGUGAUUCUCCUGCUCUUCACUGUGAAGUCACCAGACUGACUUAUCACAAUGGUGAAUGGAUAGCCAGAGAACACAAAAUCACAAAAGCAACAUUUUUGAAUCUGACAGUGGUUGAAUGCUCAAUCCCUCUUCUGAACUUCACAGGAACAGAAAAUCUUCAGUUCAAGAUUGAUAUUGAACCAUAUGCAAGAUGGCAAGUGAAAAUUUCUAAUGAUGGAUUCCAGUAUAGCAAUUCAAAAGUUCUGACCUUGUAUGAUGGACUCUGCCAGGAUUGCAAAUUCCAUCAAAAUGGGCUUUGCAAAUUAAAGGAAAAUACAUGCAAAAUAGAUGGCUUGUGCUAUGCAAAGGGUGAUCCCAGUCUCACCAGCUCUUGUCUUUUUUGUGAGCCAUCAAUCUCCAAAUUUACUUGGUCUAUCAAUGAAAACAACCUGCCACCUGUGUUUCUGGCCCCAUCCAAUCAGCUUCUAACGUUUGCAGGGGAAACUUUUGUUUAUCAGCUGCAAGCAGUAGAUCCUGAGAGUUCAGCCCUGCUUUUUACUCUAGAAGCUGGCCCUCCAGAAGCCUCCCUCUCUCCUGCUGGCCUUCUCAUCUGGCAGGUCCAUUCUGGAGAAGAGAAGAGUUUUGAAUUCACGGUAUCUGACGAAUGCAAUGCACAAAGCAGCUAUUCAGUGCAGAUUUCAGUAAAACCUUGCGGCUGUUUGAAUGGUGGUACUUGCAUCACCAACAUUAACUUCCCUCCUGGUGUUGGGGAAUAUCUGUGUAUGUGUCUCAGUGAAUUUGAAGGGGACCGUUGCCAAAACAGCCAUAAUCAUUGCGCAUCAAACCCUUGUGGUAUUGGUUCUUGUACUGGUGGAAUAGACAGCUACAAGUGCAGAUGUCCGGCAGGUUGGAAAGGGCAUACUUGUCAAGAGGAUAUAAAUGAAUGUGAAGCAAAUGCUUGUUUUCCUGAUGUCUCUUGCACAAAUACAAUGGGGUCUUUUGAAUGUGGCAACUGCCCUAUCGGGAUGGAAGGUGAUGGUAGAAAUUGCAAGUCUGAAGACUUUGCUGACAGAAUAGAAGCUUUCAUUACUAAUCAACAUAAUAUCAAAGGUGAAUGGAAAACAAGUGAAAGUAAACAGCUUCAGAAAGGCCAAGAAGCAAGGACUUUGUCGGCAAUUAAGUAUGUUAAUACCAGCAAGGUCCAUGCAAUGGUCUUGGAUAUUCCUUCAGGUCAUGCAGGACUCCUACCAUCUCUUACUAACUGUGCUAAUAGACCUUGUUUUCCUGGAGUGCUGUGUGUUGACCGCAAACCUCCAAAGACUGGAUACUUCUGUGGCCGAUGUCCAGUAGGUCUAUAUGGGAAUGGACGAAUCUGCACAAAAGCAUCUAGACCAGGAAUACUGUGUGGAAAUGAAGAAAAGUUGUAGAAUUGAAGGGAAAACUUCAAGGGCAUUGCAACCAACUUCUCACUUGAUGCAGGAAUUAAAAAGCAAGGGCAUCUGCAAAUAUACAAGUUCCUACCUUAAUUCAAUUAUUAUUGAAUUAAUAAUUAUUUUAAUUAGUGAAUUCUUAUUUACUAUCAGAAUGUUUCUCCUACUGUUCAACUGAAAUCUAUGCUUCUGUAAGAAAUCUAAAGAAACAUCUGGCUUUCAAAUGUUACUAA